AUGGAAGGUUAUUUAAAGAAAUGGGUGAACUUUAUGUAUUAAUGGUAAAAUAGGUAUUUUAUUUUACAUGAAGAUUCAUUAAUAUAUUGUUAAUCUAAAGGAACUCCAAAAAAAGGUAUUUAAUAUUAUAUAAUUAUUAGGUCAAGUACAUUUAAGUAUAUGUUCAAUAAGAUCAGUCCCAAAAGAUCCAUUGAGAAUAGUUAUAAAUUAUGGAAUGAGUGAAAUGAAUUUAAGAGCUUCAUCAGUAUAAGAGAAAUAAAAGUGGUUAGAUGCUCUUUUAUUUGCUUAAUAAAGAGUAUAAUAUAAUCGUUAUUUAGUUUACAUCUAAAUCUGAGAAUAAAAUAUUAGUCUAGAGAAAAAAGAAUCCAUUCUAUUUUAUAGAAGGUGUACCAGAAUUAGAUUUGAAACGUAUCCAUACAACAUUAACAUAAUUUUGGGUUAUGUAAGCAUAAUUGGAGGAAUAGAUAUCUUUAAACAAUACUUAAAGAAUCAGUUAGUUGAUUUAAGAAUUAAAAGUAUAUCCCUUUGAAAAUUUAGCACACUACCACAUCUUGUGCAUCCCAAUUAGAUGAAGAAUAUAACAAGUUGAUUUAAAUAAGCAAAAAAUUAUAAGAAAAAUUCAGAGAAAUUAAUGAUUAAAAUCCACCUGAUCAUCAUGAUCUAUAAUAUGAUGAAGAAUUUUUACCUACAGAACAAUUUAUGAGUUUUAAAAUGGAUGAAGAUGAAUUUUAUUCUAUCAAUCAUGAACUUUAUGAUGAUAGACAAUUAGUAAGAAGACUUUCUUCAAAAAAAAAGUCACUAGCUGGAGUAUCUUCAUUAUAUUAGUUACUUGAAUAAAUUAGAAUUCCAUAACCAAUUAAAUAUAAGAAUCUAAUCAAUAAUGAAGCAUUUAAAGAUAUGAUCAUAGGAAUUGAUGAAACUAGAGAAUAAUUACCUGCUUUUAAGGAUCCUAACGAAAGCAUAAAGUUCGUUUCCCUAUUAAAAGAUAUGAUUGGAAAAGACCUUACUAAAAUUGCAUUUCCAGUUACUUUUAAUGAACCUUUAUCAAUGCUUUAAAAUUUAUGUGAAAAUUUAGAAUAUUCAGAACUAUUAGAUUAAGCAGAUACAUUUACAAAUAGUUGUGAAAGGUUAGCUUAUGUUAUGGUUUUUGCAGUAGCAGGAUUAUCAGCUACAAUUAAUAGAGUCAAAAAACCAUUUAAUCCUAUUCUAGGUGAAACUUUUGAAUUUACUUGUGAUAAAUUUAAGUAUAUUUCAGAAUAAGUCUCACAUCAUCCCCCUAUAUCUGUUGGUUAUGCGGAAAAUGAUCAUUUUGAAUUUUUAUCUGAUAAUAAUGUUACUACAUCUUUCUGGGGUAAAUCUAUUACUGUAACACCUCUUGGAUGGGUUAAUAUUACAUUAAAAAAACAUUAAGAUUAAUUUGCAUUUUAAAGAUGUAAAUCCUCUUUUAAAAAUUUAAUUAUGGGACCUUAAUAUCUAGAUCAUUAUGGAGAAAUGAAAUUUAAAAAUGAAAUAACCGGAGAUACAGGAACUCUUAAAUUGAUUGAAGGAUCCUCAGAAGCAUCAUAUGAAUUAAAAGGAUUUGUUAAAGACAAACAAGGAAUAUAAUAUUGUACAAUAUAAGGUAAAUGGAAUUCAGAAAUAAGUAUUUCAAUUGGAGGAAUUAACAAAGUAAUUUGGGUUCGUAAUCAAUUACCUUUAAAAUGUGAUUAAUAAUAUUACUUCACUCGAUUUGCUUUAUAAUUGAAUCACUUAAAUAGAUAGCUAUUAAAAACAUUGCCACCUACUGAUUCUAGAUUCAGACCUGAUUAAAGAGCCUUAGAAAAUAGUAAUAUUGAUUUCGCAGCAAUUGAGAAAACUAGAUUAGAAUAAAAAUAACGAUUAGCUAGAAAGGAGCUAAAUGAGCAGAAAAUAGAUCAUAUUCCUAGAUGGUUUCUUUAAAGGAAUGGCAAACAUACCUUUGGUUAAGAAUAUUGGAAGCUAAAAGAAACAUCAGAAUUCUAAAUAUAAGCAUUUGAUAUUUUUUGA